AUGACAAGCGAUAGGAACAGUGUCUUAAGUUGGAUUGAAGAUCCUGCUAGAGAAAAAACUAUUGUUGAUUUGGUUGCUUUUGUAACCAAAAGCUUGUCAAUUGAUCUCAACACAGAAAGGGAAAUGAUAGAAAAAGCUUCACCUGGUUCAAGUAAAUGUAUUGAGCCACUGGUAGAUUUUAGUGUUGUUAUUAAUCCCAGUUUUCAAAGGAUUACAUUUGAUUCUGUUUUUAAAAGCCAAGUCAAGGUUUUGACUCAUCAAGAAUUGACCAAAUACACAAGUCUAAAGCAUCACCCAGUCAAUUGA